GACGAGCGGGAAGGGCUCAUAACAUCAAACAUGGAGGGCGAGGUGUUUGACAAAAAUGGUAGGGUGAUAGAUCCUGAGAUUCCAGGGGGCACAAGGGACGAGGCUCUUCGUGUGGCCGCACUUGGUCCCAACGCACUAGGAAUGUUCCAAAUUUGGCAGGAAAUGGAAGAACCUGUAGUGCCAGUGGAAGAUAUAACUAACUUAGAAGAGAAAAUGAAUAGGAUGGGGAUUGGAGAAGACAAGGGAGACGUGCCGCUGGUGGAAGAAGAAACAGAGGAGGAAGACGUUAUGGCUAACGUCAGAGACACGUUCGAUAGGAUGGAAGACUUGGUAGACAAAAUGCAGAGGCUACAUCUGAGGCUUCAAGGGAUAUGUAAAGAAGCAGGAAAGGAAGGAGUUGGAUGCCCAAAGGUAGUUACCAUGGGGCGUAGGGGAACGGGAAUUGGGCCCAAUGAACCCAACCCGAGAAUGUUGAGAGCCAAUAUGGCCGCAAGGAACAGUGGAAGUCAGAGAAGUAUGAGAGGAACGAUUUCAUUCGCUACAAGAAGACCCGCAGGAGGGAAUCCUCAAAAGGAACAAGCCCAGGCUUCCCAGCCAGCAGGAGAAGAACCACCUAUCACAGUAGAGGGUGAUGAGGAUGAGGAUGAGAAGAUUAGGGAGGAAGAAGAAAGGCAGGCGGAGAUAAGGGCUAAGAGAAGGAAAGGAGAAGCUAAGGAAGGAAGAUCAAAAGGGGAUACGAGACCAAGCAAGAAGAGAAAGUACCAAACCUCGAUCGAACAAGGGGUGGAUCUGGAAGGCCUGGUGAAUAAACUGCUGGAGGGGCACAAUGAACAAUUAAACCUGAAAGAAAUCCUCGCUUCAGCUCCUAAGUUAAGAGAGAUGGUGAAGGCUAGGUUAUCACGCCGGAGAGUAGCCUCGGUCCGGAUGGGGGAUGUGAUUCCCAAAGAGGCAAACUGGAGCGUGGCAGGGAGCAAAAUGGACUGGAAAUUCGUAGGCACAGGGUCCAUUGAUGUUAUGAUAAAGGGAAAGAUGUGUCCUAGGAUGGUUGAUACCGAGGCAGAAAUGAAUAUUGUAAAUGGAGAAACCGCGGUAAAAUUAGGGUUAGAGGUGGAUGAGAAUGAUUGCGGGUUCCUCAACGGAGUCAGUGGCAAGACCGGAUACACCGGUGUCGCAUCAAAUGUGAUCAUAGAAAUAGGAAGAGUCAAGGUACAUAUGUGCUUCUACGUCAUGCCCAGCUUGGACCUUCCAAUAUUGUUGGGAAGGUCAUUCUUGUGCAGAUAUGAAUCACUUAUUAUGAACAAGCAUGACGGCACUAUGUUCGUCAUCUUGUGCGAUCCUGCCUGUGGGAACUUCGAGGUUAUCACCUGUAGGAACACAGGCCCGCACAACACGAAGAACAGGCUCAAUGUAGGAUCUUACACCUUCGAGGAAUCUGAGAAUAGAAGGAGAGAAUUGCAAUGGGAAGAAGAAGAAGAGGAGUCAGAUGAUGAAGAAGCCAAAGGACUUGUAUUAAGUCUAACAAAUAUCAAUGACGCAGUGGAACUGGUAUCGGCUUAUAGGAUGGCUGAUCCGGACGCAGUCAGGGCACUCGCAGAAAGAAUCCAGGACGAUCCGAAAGGAGGAAGGGUCGAUCUCCGAAUGAGGGAAGACAUCCAGAACGGGCCUUGUCGUAUCGACGAUGAGACUGAGAAAGAACUGAUAAUAGGGGAACCUGGCUUUCUGACAAUGCAAGAGGAGGACUUGGUAAAAGAACUGAUACGUGAAAAACAUGGGGCAUAUGCCUUCAGCGAUGAUCAACAUGGAAGGCUACAUGUGGACAAGAUAGAAAUGAUCCGCAUUCAUACGGUACCCCAUGAGCCAUGGAACAUCCGAGGAGCUAAGUAUCCCAACCCUGAGGAUCGCAAAAGGGUGGUAGAGUACCUAAAUGGGAAGAUCCGCACGGAUGUGGCAGGGUACUCCAGUGGACCAUAUGCCUCUCCAUGGUUUUGUUUUGUAAAACCAAAUGGAGUUCUCAGAUGGGUGCAAGACCUCCAACGACUGAACUCGGUAACUGUAAGAGAUGCAAGGGUUCUGCCCAAUGCUGACCAGUUAUCAGAAGCUUGUGCGGAGAACUAUAGGAUAAUGGAUGAGCCGCGAACGAUCGAAGCGGGAGUCCAACAGGCAGACGAGCAGGUAGCCAUGAUGGGAAGAAUGUACUACCUGACCAAUUCGCCAUUACAGGUUCAAGCGAAUGAUGAGAGAGGAAUAGUGAAGGCUGAUGAAAUAAUCAUUGGUGAUGAUUAUGAAUUUGAUAAAGAGAAGGAAGGAGAAUUCGAGCAAGAGGAGAUUUCGGAAGAAUUCAGGGAGGAAGAGUACGAUGGAUUUUACCUGGAAAUAGGGUUGCUCCUCUCUGAAGAUAAAAGAGAGAGAGAAGUGAGUGAGAAGACUCUCAGGGUGAGAGACCACUAUGUGGUAAGAGGUGGUCACUUGUUCAUCAGGGACAAGAGAGGGCCGCCGCGACAUGUCGUACGUGGGAGGAAUCGUCAGAUUGACGUGAUAGUUGAAUUGCACGAUGGGAUAGUCGGAGGACAUCGGAGUUUCGCGGCUACUUACAAAAAGGCGAUGGAGCUCUACUACUGGGAAGGGAUGUUUGAGAUGACGCGAAAAUAUUGUGAGCCGUGUCGUGACCCUUGGAAAGAAGAGGUCAUGGCGCAGAGAGGAGAAGUGGCAGGGCCCUCUGGACCUGCCUUGAGAAAGGAAGGACAGAGGAGGGAACAGAGAAUCUCAAGGAACCUGGAGGAGCUGCCAAUUUACAGGGUUGGAGAUAGUCUGCGAGAUUUCCUGCGAGACCUUGAGGAGUACGCCUUCAGGAGAGAAUGGGGUGACAGGGAGAAGAUUGCGAAUGUGAGUGGAGCAGGAAUGUACAAGAGGAGAAUUGAAGGAGUGGUAACAGGGUGCACAAGAUGGAGGGUAUGCAAGGUGAGACUAUGGAGAGACAUGGGGGAAUUCCCAAGGGAUGGUGUGGAGGAUGAUUUGAGGUAUGAUGGGACCAAUCUGGAAGACUUUAUUGAGAGCUUGCAGCUGACCGCUGAGAGGGGCGGAUGGAGCGAGGAGGAAAAGAGGAAGCAGUUGAUCGCAAGAUCAGACAAAGGCGAAAAGGAGGAAAUAAGGGGAAUUGUGGAAGGGAGUCGGACCUGGAAAAGGAUAACGGCAGAGUUGUGGAUAGCCUACACCCAGACCAGGCAAGACCAGACGAGAAAGGAAAGGCUGCAAAAGAAGGGGCUAUGGAUUGGAAGAGAGGCUGAGGAAGAUGAACAGGAAGAGGAGGAGGCUGCAGAGGAGAGGAAAACAAGCAUAGGGGCCAGUAUGGUACCAAGGAAGAAGAAACUUGGAAAGAAAAGAGUAAUUGAGAGUGGAAGGAAAGAGGUACAAGAAAGGGUGAGUGAAAAAGGGGAAGGAGUAGAAGAAGAUGAAGAGGGAAAGGAGGUCCGGGGAGGAAGCAAGACUCCCAAAGUCAAGAGAACUAAGGAAAAGAGGCCGAUUGGGGACAAGGAAGAGACAAGUGGGAUAGAAAAGAAGGAAGAUGAGAAGGAUGGCCAGGUGAAGAAGUUGAUGAGAGAUAUGGAAGAAAUGAGGAAGGAAGUGAGGGAAUUGAAGAAAGAGAAGGAGAAAUUGCAAAAAGAAAUGAGUCAAUUGAGGGUCACCCUGAAUGUGCGGAGUAGAGAACUGGAAGAGGAAGUGGCCACAAGAGGUAAGAUGGAAAUAAGGGUGGAUGGUCUGGUUUCUGAGUCUGCCGCCAAGGAGAAGUUCGUGAAGCUUUAUUACGAAGAAGAAGAAGAAGAAGAAGAAGAAGAAGAAGAAGAAGAAGAAGAAGAAGAAGAAGAAGAAGAGGGAAAAGGAGGAGAGGAAGGAGAAGGAGGAGAGAAGGAGUAGAGAAAGCACUUACCUGGUCGUGCGAAGAGCACGACAACGACAACGGCUCCAACGGUGACGGCUCCGACGACAACGGUGACGACGACGGGGGAGCGGGAGAAAAGAGUGGGUAAGUCUCCUGCCUCGCGAGCGAUCCUGGUGCUUCCCUCGAUAGGAUGAACAAAUAAAUAAAUAAAUAAAUAAAUAAAUACAUAGAAAACGA